CGGAGCGAAGUGGGCCGGGCCGAACCAGACCAGACCGGACCGCGGGGGGCGAUGCGGCUGCUGCCCCUGCUGCAGGCUGUCCUGUGGGCCGCGCUGCUCGGCUCCCCGCUGCAAGGGGGCUCCGGCCUCCGUCACGACUUCUAUUGGAACUCCAGCAACCCCAGGCUGCUUCGAGGAGACGCUGUGGUGGAGCUGGGCCUCAACGACUACCUCGACAUCUUCUGCCCCCACUAUGAGGGCCCAGGGCCCCCCGAGGGCCCCGAGACGUUUGCUCUGUACAUGGUGGACUGGUCGGGCUAUGAGGCCUGCCAGGCACAAGGGGCGGGUGCCUUCAAGCGCUGGGAGUGCUCCCUCCCCUUCGCCCCCUUCGGCCCCGUUAAAUUCUCGGAGAAGAUUCAGCGCUUCACCCCCUUCUCCCUCGGCUUCGAGUUUUUGCCUGGAGAGACCUACUACUACAUCUCGGUGCCGACGCCCGGGAGUUCUGGCCGGUGUUUGAGGCUCCAGGUGUCUGUCUGCUGCAAGGAGAGCAGAGCCAGAGCCCUCCCAAGACUCCCUGGAGGAGAAGCCCCUGCCACCUGCGCUAGGAGUGCCAAGCCGGACAGACAAGAUGGAGGAGUGCUGAGGGAAGUCAGAGGGUCUGAGGUGACCCCUGCGGCGCUGGCCCCCGCGUCCCAGGCUGAAGAGGAGGCGCAGGGGAGCUGCGUUCAGCCUUGGGCGUCUGGAACGAAGGCAGGCGGAGCCCAGGUCUCCACAGCUGCUUCGGCGGCCUUCUCCAUCUCCCAGGAAGACUGGGAUUUGGUGGGAUGGAACCCUUGAGCCUGCUGGGGCCAGGACGAAGAGCUGGGGCCGGUGGAUUGAAGGACCAGGGCAAGGGAGCAGCCAGACCUGCCACCGGCGCCCCGUGCCCUGUGGGCCCCUGCCCUAGGGCAGCACCUUCCCUUCCAGGGGUCACUCACUUGUCUUCUGUGAAGACAGACUUGCCAUGAGGCUGAAUUUCCUACCAGUUUGUAUUUUUAUAAGUUCCUGGACCAAACCCUCAAUAAACCGCCCAUCUUUUUUUGUUGCUCUCCUCAA